UACCGCUAAGUCUGUUGUCACAAAUUCAUCCAAUCACGCAUUAUGUUGAGUGAUCCAUCUGUAUCCACCGCUUGUUUUAUGUUUCAUAUGUUGAAAUUUCAUUGUUUAUCCAAAUGUGUUUAUAGUUGAUGUAAACGUUAACAUGUUCAAAAGCCAAUAAGAACAUCCUAGAAAAAGAAAACAUCAACUGUGCCAGCCGCAUGUCAAUGUCACAUAUUCCCCUGGUCAUAUCUUUGACUAUUAUUAUUUUUUGCUCUAACCUAAAAGUAUUAUAUAAGUAUUGCACAAUUCAUACAAUCGGAAUUGACUUUCUUUACCUCCAACGUAUUUAUAUUCGAGACUUCCUCUCAAGAUCAUCAUCUCAAGAAAUGGAUCCUAGAGACGGCGGAGAAACCCAUCAGGCCAAGUACAAAGGCAUCCGUCGCCGGAAAUGGGGAAAAUGGGUAUCGGAGAUUAGGGUUCCGGGAACUCGUGAACGGCUCUGGUUAGGCUCUUUCUCCACCGCCGAAGGAGCUGCCGUAGCCCACGACGUCGCCUUUUACUGCUUGCACCGACCAUCUUCCCUCGACAACGAAGCUUUUAACUUCCCUCACUUGCUGCAACCUUCCCUCGCCUCCAACACAUCUCCUAAGUCCAUACAAAAAGCUGCAUCCGACGCAGGCAUGGCUAUAGACGCCGGAUUCUCCGUAAAUAACGAGAGGGGGAGUGGUGGCGGUGAAGAUAGGUCAUCCAUGACGAACACGGAAGAAGACAGCGAACGGGAAACGUUGAACAUCUCUGUUUACGAUUAUCUAGACGACGGUCGCAUUUGAUAUAUUUGAUUUAUAUCUACGAGCACCUUAUAUUAGUAAUUAAUAUAGGAUGUGAAUAGAAAUUCGUUAUUUUUGUUACUUCGGAAUUAUAUUGCCACGCGAGCUUUCGUUACCCGGCUUCAUUUCUUUUGAUGUAGUCUUUCAUUCAAGGAAACAAUAUUCUAGUCCAUUAUAAGUUUGUUAUUUGCUUAUAUCUGACUGGUGGAUUACCUACAUUCGU